CCCACCAAACCCUAAUCCCCAAAUCCAGCCGCCACACCAUCGGGGCGCCGCUCUACCAGAGCCGCCGCCGACUACCGCCGCACCGGAGCCUUCCCCCGCAACCCCGUCGACGACGACCGCUGCGCCGGAGCCUUCCCGUGCAAACCGAUCGACGACGACCGCUGCACCAGAUCCGUCCCCUACUUCCUCGUCGUCGACAGCCGCCGCAACGACGCCUUCCGCUGCAACCCCGUCGACGACGACCGCUGCACCAGAUCCUUCCCCCACUACGCCGUCGACGACUUCCACUGCAUCGGAGCCGGUACCCCGUCGACGACUACUGCCGCACCGAAGCCAUCUCCCACAACACCGUUGACGCCUACCGCCGCACCGGAGCCGGGUACCCCAUCGACAAGGUCCCUGCACCGUCGCCGUACCUAGCUGAUGGGAAGACGUCGACGUCCAGUAGCACGAGAACCUGCACAAAACGAAUAUGAAAGAACGCGGCAAGAGAAAAUCUUGCAGAAUAUAAGAAGGAUGGAUGAACUUGGCAUCAAAGACAUAGCUGCCACUAUUAAACAUAUCGAAACACAACAUGCAUCUUCAAAGACAAAAAACUCAGGCACCAAGAAAAGUCAUGGAGAAGGUUCUGAUACAUCAGAGUUUCUCCCUGAAGAUGAUGAACAAGGGGUUCAGUGUGAUGAUGAUUCAUAUUUAGAACCGGAGCAGCCCAUCCCCAUAAUGAUUGAGUACCCUCGACAAACUAGACGAAAGAAGUGUGCGACGAAGAAGAAACCUACCCUCAAGAUGCCACCAGGAGUAAGGAUAUCAAAGAGAGUGAGGGCGGGUGCUCCAACCGAAAUGCCUCCUGGAGUCUCAACAAGGUCAGCGAAAAGGCAACUCAUAGCAGAACAAGGUAAAGGUAAUGGCCAUGAAGAACUGCCUCUAGAAACAGAAAACAAUGGUGAUGAAGAUGUGGGCAGUGGACAUUUGCUUCAAGAUAAUGAUGUGAACAGGCCCCCGAGCCCGGUGAUGGACUGGUCAUAUGGACAUGAUGCCAACCAUAAAGAGCAACCUGCACAGCAAACCAAUUCUGAUGUUGAAGUACCUAUACGAAGAGGCACAAGAAAAUCAAGGCCACCAACUGCAGGAAUAAUGCUUGACAAGAUGACCAAAGCUAUGGGAAGAAUGCCCAUUGCUGUUGCCGAAGGGAAGAAAAGGCCAGAUGAACCGGUGCAAGCUGCCAAGUUUGCAUCAGAGGCUGGUGUUAUCAUUAGGACUAAAGUUCCUGUCUUCCCUCAUUGGAAGCAGUACAAGGAUGAUGAAGGCUAUAUUAACAACUUCAUGGGCAAGUUAUCUGUCAGGUUGGCCAUUAACCAAAAAAACCAGCCAACAAGGGAUGCUUGUGCUGAUGUAUUGCAGAAAGGGAUACGACAAACACGGUAUAAUUUGAAGAAGGCCUACUUCAAUGGAGUACCUGCUAACGAGAUUAGAACUACCUCUCCCAUAAGUAGCAUGACUGAUGAACAGUGGCUGGAACUUGUUGCAAAGUGGUCAAAUCCAAAGAAUAUGCAAAUCUCUGAACAGAACAAGCAAAACCGGCUUAAUGUUAGGUUCCAUCAGGCUACGGGAUCUCGCAGCUAUGCUGCACACUUGCACGCUUACAAGGAGAAGAACAAGGUUGUAGAGCUUGAUGUUGUGGAUGCCUUUGAGGACUGCCAUACCAGUAGGGAAAAAGGUCUAAGUGAUGCUGCCAAAGAUGCAAUUUCAAGUAUGAAAGCUAUUAUGGAAGAACCUGUACCUGAUGGUGAGACACCAAGAACUAGUGCAGAAGUUGUGUCCAAGGUUCUCUCUCGGGACAAUUCCAAUACCACGUUUUUGAAAAAUGCUGGUCUGCAGAUGAGCUCCAAGAAAUCAGUGACACCGACAGAAGCAGCACUUCAGGAAGAACUUGCAGCUGAAAAGCAAAGUUCAGCCAUUCUCCAUGCAGAAGUUGUCGAACUAAAAGAACAAGCAAAUCUUGCAAAUGAAGCGCUGGCAAAGACUCAAAAGGAGUUGGCAGAGUUCAAGCAGCAGCAGGAAGAGAACAAUUUGCUCCUUCGACGUAUCUUGAGCCUUUCCCAGGGUAACUUAAAUCUGUCCUAGUCUCCUUUAUGAUCUUCUGCACUGUGAUGAACUCCAUCUACUUAUAUUAGUUGUUUGAUGGUUCUGUGAACUUAUUGUCAUGUGGUGGACUUGAUUAUGUGAAAUGAUGUUUGGUGCUAUGGUGGACUUAAUGUCCUCCUAUGGCAAACUUUUGUGGACUUAAUGUGAACAUAUGUGUGCUAGGUUCUGUGAA